GUAAACACAUGUGCGUUCAACAUUGCCUUUUUUGCAGAAACAAGCCGAAUAAAAUGUGCGUAUCUUUCUUGAUCGCUUGAAAAUGUUGGAGGUUGAAGUGUACAAGAUUGUUGAUGCUGGUCACUUCUGGUGUAAACCCUCAUCAAGAAAUAGGACAGAAGCAGAGAGUUACUAUACGUUGAUUGGUAAAAUCAAUGAUUAUUGUGACAAAGCAGAGAAGCAAUCACGCAAUGAGAAAAGCAGAAUUCCCCAAAAAGGAGAAAUAUGUUUGGUAAAGCGGACCUCAGAUAGAUGUUGGUAUCGUGCUAAAGUGCUCAGUAUUUUUCAAACAAUCAAUGGGCCUCAAACCAGAGUUCUUCUGGUUGAUCUUGGUGAAAGAACCCUGGUGCCAUGUUCUAGGGUACAACAGAUCCCAGAUGAAUUUCUUAAGGUUCCUUAUCAAACAAUGGAGUGUGUUUUAUCAGGAUUAAAACCUCUAACAUUGGUCACCUCAUAUUUUGAUCUCACAACUAAAAAGCAGCCUGGUGACACAUGGGAUACCUCAGCAACAGAAUGGCUUGAGAAACAAAUUCAUGGCUUUACUCUUCAAAUUGAUGUCAAGAAUAUUGAUGAUGAUGGCAUUCAUCAUGUUCUGUUGUUUGCUCUGGGAUCCGAAACAAUGAUUUGUUUAAACGAUGAGCUUGUGAACAAUGAAUAUGCCACACUUGCAAAGUCAAAGUAUGAUCAUCCAGACAAAACUUCAGCAACUUCAUAUCAAGAUUGUUCGCAAGACACCUUUUCAGAAGAGCUUAAAAAAAUGAGAGAGAAAAUACAAAAUUCUGUGUCAUUGAACAGUGAUUUUUCACCCAACUCAAGUCAAAAAGAAAAAAUUAAAUACCAACCAUUUACCUGGUCUGAUGACAGUGAGGGAAGUGCCCAGGGAAGUGGAAACGAGUUAGGAAAACAACGGUCAAACAUCGUCAAAGGAUUUCGUAGCGAAGGUUCAGGAAUGCAAAGUUUUACAAACAAUGAAGAUCGCAAUAAAGUACGUUUUAUGUCAGCUCGUCUCCCUGCUACUGGUACAAGCGAUGGCCAGCCAUCCAAAGCUGAAGCCUCGCAACUCAAACCAAUUUUGAAGAACUCUAGUGGUUAUUCCAGUAGCGAGGCCCAGGCCAGAAAGAUUUGUACCAACAAAGAACAUUGCCACAGCGUCUUAAUCAACCUACUCCAGCUCACUAAAGAUGCAAACUCGACCAAUAACCAGAAUUCGUAUCUCUCCACUCAAGAUUUCCAGAGGAACAGUCACCAUCAAGGUUCAACAUCACGGCCUCUGAAAGAUGAUAAUUUGGUUCCUAAUUCUGUGUCAGCUCAUGAUCAAAAUGUUCCCCCAACCACCCAAUAUAAAGAUGUCCGUUCAAACAACAAUACCUAUGACCAUCAGCCGUACAAUCAGAAUUUAAACCAAAAUUAUUUCAACCAGAAAAACUUGCCUAGACCUGCAGGAGAAACGACAAUGUAUUCUGCUCAAAACACAUCUUUUGAGAAUCAAUCUCAAAACAUGGUUCAAAACUACGCUGCUCCAAGCGGGCAGCAAUGUCGUAGAAAUGAGCCGAACUUUAGCGCGAGUUUAACAAGACAGAAUGAGAUGAAUUCAGCCACUCCACAUUAUCCAAGCAGUGGACAUCCUUCUACGAUGAAUCAACGGAAUCCGAAUGAAACUUCUUCAAGUCAAUAUCCAAGUUCUGGCCAAAACACCUCUGGUUAUCAUUCGGCUCCUACCAGCUCUGGUUUCUCAAAUGAUCAAAAAAACGUGACAUCUUCACGACAGCCUUUUCAGAAUAACUUCCAUCCUCCUCCAAUUCAGAACCCGUAUUCAUCCAUUUCCACAGUUCAGAACCCUUAUUCAUCCACUUCCACAGUUCAGAACCCGUUUUCAUCCACUACCACAGUUCAGAACCCGUAUUCAUCCACUUCCACAGUUCAGAACCCGUUUUCAUCCACUACCACAGUUCAGAACCCGUAUUCAUCCACUUCCACAGUUCAGAACCCGUAUUCAUCCACUUCCACAGUUCAGAACCCGUAUUCAUCCACUUCCACAGUUAAACAUGUAUCACCCGUGGGUUCAUCUUUUUCACGUAGUAUUCCAAGCGAGUCUCAAGCUCUUUCUGCUGGAUAUUCAAGACCAAACGAGACUUAUCAGAACAUGACAAGCGCAGGUUUUGCACCUCAGAAUAGCCAGAAUCAGUCUCAGACUAUGUUUAACCAGGCUGCGUCUUCUUUUAAUCAACAACGUCAUCUCAUGGCAGGAAACAUCCAAAAUGUUUCGAGCUCAAAACCGCCAUCUGCUCCGUCAUUCUCGCAAGAAAGAGCGCCAACAUCAUCGGCUUCGUCCUUGUCUCAUCCUCCCCGCCAUCAACCUGACGCUUCGAGCCAAAAUAUUUCCCUAAAUUCUCAUAAUAGUUCAUCGUUCUCGACGUAUGAAAAUGUAUCCCAAAAUACCGCAAGAAAUCCCUCGAUGUCCAUCGUUUCUAAUCAACCACAGUCAAGACUAAUCCAUCAUAAUCAACGACCAAAUAAGAACAUUUUUAUUGAACUAUCCAAAAAUGUUCCUGUGUCAGCCUCUCAAGUCUCUCAACACCCUGUUAGUCCAGUACAAUCCACAGCUGGUCCUUACAGUCAACUGCAGCAAAAUCUCGCUACAAGAAUGCCUCAGAGCGGAAACAUCCCAACGAACAACGUUCCAUACCCAAUUGUAUCAAAUAGUCAAUCACAGUCCAUCGUUGUCCCCCAGAGUACCGUACAGCGACAAUCUCAGUAUAACUCCUUACCCUCACCCGUCUACUCGAAUGUACCUGGUGUAUCACCCACUGGUGUAUCUCAGAGUCACGUAAAGCACCCACGUCCCUCACCAACGCAAACAAAAUGUAUCCCAGGAACGACUUCUGAGUAUCCUACUAAUGUGCCUACCUAUCAACAAAGUAUCCCUACCUAUCAACAAAGUAUCCCUCAAAGACAAUCACAAUACAGCCCAAAAAGCACAUCAAAUGUACCCCCAACUCAACCACAAUCUACUGGUCCUCUUCUUGGUCAACAACAAAAUUUACCACCCAGACAAUUUCAAUAUAAUCCUGGCAAUACAUCAGAGUACCCUAAUGUAACCAAUUAUCAACCACUAUCCUCAAACCUCCCUCGUGAUCAACACGAGAGUUUUCCAGAGAGAGGAUCAGAAUGUGUCUCACAAAGUAGUUUUGAACACAAAUCAGCGAUAAAGCAACUACCGAAUACUCCAGCUGUUUCAACCAUGCACAUGAACGAGUCCAAUAUUCUGGCCAAGUCCACAAAUUCAGUCCAGCAGGAUUUUCGGCAGGAUUUUCGGCAGGAUUUUCGGCAGGAUAUCGGCUCACUUGGGCACACAGAAGCUCCGGAUCAAUCCCAAACUAAACCCUUGCCAUCACCUAUUGCUUAUAAUAGUAUGGUUCAAUCAUUGGAUAGUCUUAGAAAUACAUCACCAUCUCAGCGUUUACCCUCGGGUGCUGCUCCAUCUAUCCCUAACUAUGAAUCCAAAUCCUCUUCUAUCAGUCGAUAUCCCAGUAGUGCCUCCGAAAGCCCUGACAAUACAAGCAAGUACCAACCUAUCCAAACCAGACAAAAUAUGUCUCAACAUAUCCAAAAUAAUCAAGGACCAUCUACCCCAACAAUCCAGAGACAACAUGUCAAGACUCCAUCAAUCUCUACCAGUCCGAAAAAGUCUCCACGAAUUCCAUCGUUACCCAUGCCUGACCCAGAACUUUGUAAGGUGAGGGAUGACAUCAUAGUUCAUGGAGUGGAAAUGCCUCCCCCCCUGGCUGAGAUUGACUCACAGAGAUUUCCUGCAAGUAUUCUGCGAAGCUUGCGUGACGUGUGCGUGGUCAAACCUAGCUCGUUCCAGGCCAGUAUUUGGCCAGCAAUAUUGCGCGGUCGUGACGUGUUUGGGAUUCCGGAGAAGAGUUCAGAGAACGUGAUGGCUUAUCUCCCGCCAAUCAUUACACAGUUGGCUGAACCAGGCUCGUAUUCUGAAGUGCCUUUAGGAAAUGGGGCUCUUGCAUUGGUCUUAUGCAAAGGCUGGCAAAAAGCCACGACGGUUUACGAGCAAUGUCGAAAGCUAACGAAGAACGUGCAAAAUAUUCGUACCCAGAUCAUAUUUGGCGCCGGGGCUGAGGAUGAAUGCAUCCCAGGCCUUAUUAAUGGUUGUGAAGUCCUCGUCGCCACUAUCCCCUGUCUUCUGCGCAUGCUUAAGAAGAAGGUCACGAGAUUGGAUAGAUUAUGUCAUGUUGUCUUUGAUGAUGCUGAUGUCAUGGUUGAGGAACAAACUGAGAAUGUCAAACAAUUUAUGAGGGAGUUUGGCGCUCUCCUUCACUCACAACCAGAUCGUAUUGCACCAAGGCAAUGUGUAGUUUUAGGAAACAAAUGGUCCACCGGGGUUUGCUCCCUCGUAAGGGUUUAUCUUGGAAAUCCAUGGAUCUUUAUUGCCAACCAGAUUGAGGCAGCGAUGUUUUGUAAUGUUCGUCAGAUUGUGAACUACGUUUCCUCGGACAAGAGAGAGACGGAAUUAUUAAGUUUGUUGGAUAAAUAUACCCUGAACAACGACCACGAGAUAGUUAUCUUCACUUCAACUGCCAAAGCUGCUGAACGUCUGGGGCAAAUGCUUGAACACUACAGCUUUGUAGUUUUGAUGGCUCACGAGUUUCUUUGGCCUGAACAGUUAACUGAAGUUCGAAAAAAAUGGAAUACACCUCACAGCUGUGAUUCUUCACUUAUUUUAGUUAUGACAGAUGGUGUUAUCGACAAAGUUAACAUCAGAACUGCGACAUUUGUUAUUCAUUACGAGUUUGCACCAACGAAGAAAGUCUUUGGUAAACGUAUGUUCGCCAUGGCAGCAUCUUACCCAAGUACAAAGGCGAGAGAGUGUCUGUCACUAACGAUUGGAACAGAGUGCUCGACUGCUUGCGCCCGUGGUAUCAAGGAACUGAUGGUCAGAUCCAGCAGUCCUGUUCCACCAACACUGGAGAAAGUUUGCGAAAUUGCAUACAAGGAAAAAGAAGAGGGAAGAAAAAAUGAUGAUUUGUGUACCUGUUUGAAAGCGUUUGGACAGUGCAGAGAUCUUCAGCAAUGCAAAGGUCGCCACACAGUCUUCCAUGAUGUCGACGUGUCUGUUCUUCUUCCUAAAUCUGGAAUCGUUAAGGUAUUAAUCCUGGCCGUAGUGGAUGGCUCACGUUAUUUCGUGAGAAUACUGGAACAUCAUAGCGACAGACAGGAAGUCAACAAUUAUUACAGCGGAGCGACUUUUCUUAAAUUAGCUCUGGAUCUAAACAGCGUGUACACAGAUCCGCAAAACCGCCAUGUUUGUUCGAGAAUACAACGUCAAAGACUUUGUGUUGUUGAAAGUGAAGGGUCGUAUUAUAGAGCAAAAAUUAUUGAAGUAACACGCCAGGAUCCGGAGACAAACAGAGCUAUGGAAGUCCAGGUUUAUUUUAUUGAUCGCGGUUUUUAUGAAAAUAUUCCGUCCUUCAAUCUGUUUGAAAUCGCUCCACAGUUUAUUGAUAUUCCAUAUCAGGCUGUUGAGGCGUACGUGUGCAGAAUAAAACCUUUGGAUAACGACAAAAACUGGACGAAUAAGGCUGUCAGAUACGUUAAACAACAUAUUGAAGGAAAAGAACUUGAAGGAAAAGUGAUUAUGGGAUUGAGGAAUACGAUCUGGCUCGAUCCUUUGGUUGCCAAAGAGCAUUUGAAGGAAAUUAACGUGAUGACAAAUGUAUUUAACGUUCGUCUUGAUUUGUUGAAGAAAGGUCUUGCUUUGCCCAACCAAGAGCAUGUUGGAAACCUAAAGAAACAUUUUACAUCAUUUAUUCAAGCUAACUAUUUAACAGGACGCGAGGACUCUGAAAGUUUUUCAUGCUCUGAGCAGAUACAAACAUGCUGUUUACCUGAACAAGACUACGAAAUGGUUAAAGUUUCUGCAAUAUCCAAUCCUGGACUGAUUUUUGUUCGGCUUGAUGCGAACUCCAACAGCCUAGAAGACCUGGUUGACCAAAUCAAUGAUGAUUUUAAAAAACAAACAUUGGAACGCCAGGAGGAGUUUAGCAUCGGUUCAUUGUGUUUGGCCAAAUUUGCGGACGAUGAAAGAUGGUAUCGGGCAAAAAUACUCAGCAUCAGACCAGAGAGGGAAUAUGAUGUAUUUUUCGUAGACUAUGGGGAUAGAGAGUGGAUAACACAGGAUAGAAUUGCUGCAAUGCGUCCUCAAUAUUUGCAGUUUCCCUUCCAAGCGAUAGAGUGCAGUCUUGUCAAUAUUAGUCCAGUUGGCGCUGAAUGGGCAGACGAUGACGCUGAGGGUCUGUGGAAUUUAGUGGAAGAUAAAUUACUGUUUGCGAAGGUGAAGUCAAAGACCUCUGCUGUGUUGGCGGGGACAUCCAGGUUCGGUAUUGAGUUGUGCGAUACGUCGACGGAACGUGACGUACUUGUGAACCACGAGUUGGUGACCGCUGGACACGCACAGGCGACCAUACAAUAUCUCAAAACCUUGUUUCCAGAAGCUUUUGAGUCAAAUAGCACAGGACACCCUAAGGAGCCAUAUGAAGAGAUUCCUGUAUUAUGUUUAAAGCUGUAUAGAGAGGAGGAUCCUAAUACAAAACAACGUUAUGCUCAAGAAAUUAAGAACAUCGUUUCUGGAAGUGUUAAGAGAAAAGAUGACAUACGAGAAAGCGGUGGUGUUCGCUGUAUAUGUCAGCUACUUGGUUUAAUCAAGCAUGAAGCAGUUCAACAACAUAUCGUUAAUGCUUUGUCGCGCUUGGCCACCCAGAACGAGUUAAACUGUGAAGAGAUCCGACGUGAAGGCGGUUUAAAAAUACUGUGUGAUUUUCUGGGCAAGGCGAGGAACGUGGAACUUCAGGAAGACACGGCUUGGGCGAUCAGAAUUCUAGCGACAAGUGAAAGAAAUCGCGAUGCUAUGCGAGAAGUUGGCGGCAUAAAAAAUCUUUGUGAUCUUCUGGUUAACACAGACCAGGAGAAGGUUCAAGAAAAUAUUUGUUGGGCAGUUGUUUCCCUUUGCUCAGACAAUAACAACAACUGUGACGCCAUCAGAGAGGCCGGAGGCCUGGAAACAUUACUAAAACUUCUGGAAAGUAGAAGUAACUCUGUGCUAGAGUAUGUGAUAUGGGCGAUAUCUAUGUUGGCUCACAAUACAAGGAAUAAAAUGUUUAUCGGAAAAGAAGGAGGAAUCGAGAAAAUCUGUGACUUAAUCAGGACCAGUCAAGACGAAAAAAUCAUACAAAACGCAGUUUGCUCUCUCAAAACGCUGUCCAGUUAUAAUGAUGAAAAUCGAGAGAUCAUGCGUCGGCUGGGAAUAAUUGAUCUGAUGCGAAGAUUGGGUGAUAAUGAAGGAAUACUUCCAUUCGAUACUCGUCGCACGUGUCGCAACCUUAUACAACGUCUCCUGGGGCGAGCACCUGACGUUCCUCUGGUCGAAGCCUCGUCUAUCACGUCACCACUUCAAGAACCAAUCAAAUGCAAGCCAAUAUCCGUAACCAAGAAACGAAAGCCAGCUCAAGCCAACGGCAAGGGUGUGAAUGGUGUCGUAACCUCAGAUGAUGAUCUACCUUUGUUGGAAGAUAAUAUCGAUGUCUUCCCCAGUGGUGUUCCUGCUGUGCAUCCAAUGACAAUGUGGUCUCAAACGAAACGCUUUGUGUCCUUGUCUAUCAAACUGCGAGGCGUCCAUCGUCACCAGGUCAACAUUACAGAGAAGUCUCUUCACUUCAGGACAAAUCAUAUGGGAAAACUAUACGAAUUAAACUUGGAAUUGUUUGCCGAAGUUAAUCCUAAAGAAAGUAAAGUUGAUGUGCGAGGAUCUGAGGUGCUGGUGACUCUAAAGAAAUCCCAGUGUGUUACUUGGCAACGACUUCUCUCAUCUCCUGAGAAGCCACCGUUCUUGAGUGUCGAUUUUGACCGGUGGGACACUGAUUCAGGAUCUGAUGAAGAGAACGAAAAGAAUCAAUCAAGAGUUCCAAUCUCGACAACUUUGACGAAGGAAAAAAUUAAAGUUGAACCCAAGCCCUUUGAUGACGAUGAGAGUGAUUCGAGUGCAUUUUCAUCUGAGGAGGAGAGAGAGCAUAUUGGUUUGGAUUUCACAUAAUUCCUUGGAUUUCUCGUAAUCUCUCGUGUGAGUGGCGUGAUGGAGUGAAUACAGAUUUCAUGGAAAUGUGGUGUGAAGCGUGGAGCGUCACGGAAGGGUGAGAUGACCUCUGUGUAGACCGUGAGUUUUAAAGUUUUUGUAAGUCAGUAGAUGAUGACUUACGAUUAUCUACUGCAAUGGUAGGUGCUUUGUGACAAAGACACCGUCUCCAUAAAUAUUUUUGGUCUGUAUUGAAUUAGUGUUUUCUAAACUAAGACUGUAAUGGCGAUAUAGACGCAAGCUUAUAUUCAGUUAAAUGUUAUACUCAGAUUUAUAUCUUAAAAUAUUCAAAUAAAUGCUUCCUCGAUGGAAGAAACUAUCGCAAGAUCAAAAUAUCCGUCGAAGACGUUUGUUAAAAGACACUACCAUUUUUUACACCAAAUAGGGAAGCCUGACUACUGUGUCAAGUUUAAUUUAUCCAAGCUGCUGGUUCUAUUGUAAAAACUGUUCCCAAGCACAACACAAUAGAAAUAUCGGAAUCUUUGAGCAUAAUUGAAGCGCUUGCAUAUAUGAUUAUUAAAACAAGCUUCACAAGAUUAUUACUGAAACCAUUGUUAAAUUCCUGCUGCAAAAUUCAAGCAUAGAUUGAAAAAGGUGGGCGG